UAUUAAUGUUUUCCUAUUUAUAUAAAAUUUGCGUUAUUAAUUGUGAAAAGAAACCUAUCGUCUCAUGACGAAUAGUCAUCAAAGUAAAACUACACAAAAAGUAAAAUGAUUUUACACACACAUGAAUGUGUAUCACUGCACAAAUCAAAUCGUUGAGCAGUUUGAAGUUUCAAGCAUUCGUAAACUCGCAUUCGAUACCUUUUUAUAUUAAAAUGGAUGAUAAAUGAAAAGCAAUUUUUAUGAUAUUUGACAUGAAUAUAUAUUAUGCACGUAAUAUAUUUAUAGAAAAAUUAUUUGUAGAAAAAUUAUCAUAAAAACUUGAAAUUCUAUAUAAUGUUACAAGAUUACGAGUUUUUUGUUCGCUUAUGCGAAAAACGUGGGAUUUUCUCAUUUCCUGAAAUCUCAAAUGCGAUCAAAGUUAGCAGUAUCACCGGGGAGUUACAAUUGUCUUGUCUAUCAAUAAUAAUACCAGUUUGCAAGAUUAUAGCACAAACAUUAAUAUCCAGCUCUACAAUCAAAACGCUUGAUAUAAGCGACUGUGUGUUGCUACCCAAGGGUCUUGAUAGUAUCCUCAAGGCAUUCUGCGAAGGUACUGCUGUGACAAUUCUAAAAUUGAAGGGCAAUAAUGUGAAUGGAUCCUCCGUUGCCCAAUUAGGACGGGUCCUUGCAUACAACAACACGCUUAAACAAUUACAUAUCGAAUGGAAUAGUGUAGGAUCGCACAUAGAUUCAUUUGCUGCUUUCUGCGAUGGCUUAACUAGAAAUCACAACAUUGAACAACUUGAUCUCAGGUACAAUCAAAUAUCACCGCAUUGUGCUGAGCAUCUAUGUAAAAUGAUAUAUCGGAACAAGGUUUUAAAAAGUAUUGACUUGUCCUGGAAUACAUUGGGUUUGCAAGGCGGGCGGCUGCUAUUAAAAGCGGUAUGUGAGAACAAGAUUAUGACCAAUCUUUUUCUGCAUGGAAAUUGCAUACCUGAAGACAUUAUACUCGCAAUUGAAAAACAGCUACAAGAAAAUCGUCAUAGAUAUUUCAAAGUUGCUUUAUCUGUCGACGCAAAAUUCACGAAAUUUUGGACAUUAAUGGAAAACGGUUUUACAAUGUCAACAACUACUAGCGAUCUUGAAGCUACUUGUUCGAAGCAAAAGCAUUUAACACCGCGUCGAAAAGAAAAAACCAAGACUGAGAUUCUUCAAGCAUCUACAGAUGUAGAGAUUAACAAUCGAAUUAAUCCUUCAGAAAUAAACUCGGUAAUAAAUACGGAAUUGAAAGGCAACAACGAAAGUUCAAACGCACGUGUAAAUAUUUCCUUAAGGGAUCAAGAUAAUAAUAGGACAACCGAGACAGAUGCCAAGAUUGUCGAUCUCGGUAAAAAGUUACAGGAACGUACCACAGUAAUAGAUCUGCUGACUGGUGAGCUCACGACGAAAAUCGCAGAGAUGGAUGAUAUGCGGACACAGCUAUGCUUGCUACAGACUGAGAUUAAUCAAUUGCAGGAGGAGAAGGAGAAAUUUGAUUCGGAUAAAGCAAGGGAAAUUGCCGAAUUGCAGAAGAGUCUUCAUGAAGCAGAAAAAAACUGGCAGAAGAGUUACAAGGAUUUGAAAAAUGAUUACAAUGAAUGUUCGCAAAAGAAAAAAGAGGCAGAUUCUAAGAUUCGACAAUAUGAAAAAGAAAUUCACAAAAGUCUAUUGGAGAUUGGCUUACGAAGGGACAAACUCGUGUCUACUACACGAGCGUACGAAGAUUUGCUAUCGAAGAAAAAGAUUGAGAUGCAUCGUCUGAAAAGAGAAUUCAAAGAGCGUGAUAAUAAGCACAAAGUUGAACUCAACAUUCUAAAGAAUACGCUAAAAGAGAUCACACAAGCUUUUAAAGUUUGCCAGAUUAAAUUACAUAAAAGCAGAAACGAGUCGCACGAUUUAUACGAAAAACAAGAUCUUCUAAAGAUAAAAUUAAACGACGCGGAACACAAAAUGCUAAGGUAUACAAGAUUAGAAGAAAAUUAUCAGAAAAUAGAAGAGGAGAAGAACACAUUGGAAGAGAAAUUGACCGAUUCUCAAAGAACUGUGUCCCUCUUACAGCGACAAGUAACAAGUUUUCAGAGCGAGUUAAUCGAGCCUCAAAAACAUUACAAAUUGCUCAAGGAUGAACUUGAUCAGGAGAAACGGAUAAGUGAAAAGUUAAAACAAGAACUUUUUGAGGAAAGAGCAAAAUUAAAAGAUCAAAAUCUUCAAAUGGAAAAAAUGAAUCAACAGAUCACUGAACUCAAUAUACGACUGAACAAAGUUCAAAUAAUUCACAGUGAACUGCUUUGUGAUCGCGAUAGAGAAAGAAAACAACUUCAAGACAUUAUUUCUAGCAAGGAACAUAAUCUCACGGAAUUACGAAACGGGGAAAUUGAGAGAGCUGGACAACUCUAUGCAGCUUUUAAUAAAUAUCUGAGUUCGAUAGGCCCAAUUUUGUAAUUGUUCCAAAGCAUCAACAUUAUUAUUUAUUCGUAUAUAAAGGGACGCAUGAUAUAUAUCUAUAUAUAAAUAAUAUAAAUAAGUCGCAACAUAGACACAUGAAUAAUAAAUUGUACAUUAUGGCAGUUUUUGGUUCAAGCAGUAUACCGAUACAUCUGAUAAUUGUAGUUGCAUACCAAUUUGAAAAACGAAAAAGUUUUUGAAUUUAUUCAUAGCAUAGACAUAGUAAAUAUAGUGAUAUCAAUAUUGUGUAUAUCAAACGUGGCAAAAUCAGAAAAAGGAAGAAAGCUUCGGAAAAUUUAGCUUUCUGCUCAAAUGUUAGAUUAGAGAGGAUUAUAUUUGCGCGAUAGAGGAGGAGGAAGUCUAUGUUUAUUUUUUAUUUAUUUGAAUUGAAAAGAAAAAUUGAUAGAUUUCUGAAAUAUUGUAUUCUCUUUCCAAUUUUGACGUACGAAUUUUGCUUAUGAUUAAAAUAGCAUAGACACGUGAAAAAUAAGUUUUAUCAUAACCGUAAAGCCGAAGGUAAUCGCCUUUUUUAUGUACAAUAGGAUAUAGCGCAGUUUAUAUUUACUAUGUUUAUGAAAAUUAGAUAAAAUUUUGAUUUUAAAAUGGAAAGAAGGACGUCCGUACGCGUAAAAAUUCUUGAAAUCUAUUAGCUAUAUUAAAUAAUAUGUACAUUAAUUUAUUUGCAUUUUAGCUAUGUAAUUAUCUUAUUAACCUAGUAACAACUACAUAUAGAUUUCGUAAUUUUAUUGUUUGUCUAUUGUAUUCACAAUCUGACUGUGCCUAUAACUUUAACAUAUACACGUUCACGUACACGCGCGCAAUUUUUAUAUCGCCUCGUAAUUAAGUAUUAUAAACAUUACACUUUUUCGCAAAGUUGUUUGUGUAUUUCUAAUAUAGAAACACAUUUGGCUCAAAAUAAUUGUCUAAAAGAUAUAUAUAUACACACAUAUUAAAAGGUGCAAUAAUUCUCAUAUAAUGCAUGUGUAUAUAUUACUCUAUAUUAAUUUAUAUUUGCAAGUGGCACAUUCAAAUGUUUUUCUGUUCUUUUUUAAAUUUAUUUUUAUAUCUAUUAUAACUCACAUUAUUUCUAAUUAUGUUAAGAGAGUGUAUAAUUCUUGAAAAAUAUAUCUAUCUUAUAUAUAAAA